GGUUGAUUCCAAAGCGUUCGCUUUGGUCUGAAAGAAAGUUGUGGUUCUUGUCGUUUUCUUGUUGGACUGAUGUGGCAUCUGGACUGGUUAAAUUCGAGCGUGAGUUCAGCGUUUCUGGUGUGUGGAAGAACGGCCGCUGCUGUCGCUGACGCUGUGGAUUUUUCUCUUCGAGGGAUAUGACUCGCCAUUUGGCAACGUAUUUCGCACUCUUGGGGUGAGGUACGGAAAGAGCGUCAAGCUGUCACGGCAGGAGUCUCUGGUGCGAGUUUUGAUCUAUCGUCAUCCUAAGGUGUUGAUAGUGUGCGACAACAUCAACUAUGGACUCCCGAAAAUCAGUAGAAGAUCAGUUUUCCAAGUUGCAUCCGUGCUUGCCAAUGGAUACCAGAAUCGGGAUAAUUGGAGGGGGUCCAAGUGGAAUAUCAGCUGCCUAUGCACUAGCGAGGCUCGGUUAUAGAGACAUCACUGUUAUAGAGAAGCACAAUUCUGUCGGAGGCAUGUGUGAAUCAGUAGAAAUUGAAGAAAAGGUUUAUGAUUUGGGUGGUCAAGUUCUUGCGGCUAACAGCGCACCAGUCAUUUUUCACUUGGCAAAGGAAUCUGGGACUGAAUUAGAGGAAAUGGACCUCCACAAACUAGCACUCAUUGACAGUUUUACUGGGGACUAUCAUGAUAUUAAUGUUGCGGAAGAUUAUAUGUCUCUAGUCUCGCUCACCUUAGAAAUCCAGGAUAAGGCAAAGGAUUCGAAUCGUAUAGGCAUCCAUGCAGUGAGUGACAUUGCAUCAGACUUAACCCCAGCAUAUCUGGAAGCUCAUGGAAUCAAAAGUGUUCCCAAGUCUGUCCAAUAUGGAUACACCGCAUCAGGGUAUGGAUUUGUCCAAGACAUGCCUUAUGCUUACCUUCAUGAGUUCACUCGCACUAGCAUGGCUGGAAAAAUCCGACGUAUGAAAGGUGGAUAUAUGAGCCUUUGGAAGAAAAUCAGCCAGUCUCUUCUGAUAAAAGUGUGCUGUAAUACUGUAGUACAAGCAGUCAGACGCAACAGCUCAGGUGUUAAUGUUGAUAUCACCAAUUCUAGAGGAGAAACUGAGCAUAAGGAAUUUGAUAAGAUAAUCAUCUCAGGUGCAUUCCCCUUCAAGAAUUCGAGAACGUACAGAUCACCUCCGUCUUCUGCAGAAGCUGAGAUCGGAUUGUUGGAUGUGAGCGACCUUGAAAGGGAGCUUUUCAGCAAAGUGCAAACAAUAGAUUAUUACACCACUGUCUUGAAGAUUAAGGGGCUUGAACGCAUCCCUGUUGGCUUUUAUUAUUUGGGCGAAUACAUGGACGACCCUUCAACAAUCGGACAUCCGGUUGCAAUGCAAAGAUUUUAUGCUGACACCAAUAUCUUCUUGUUCUGGUCCUACGGCGACUCUGUGAAUAUUAGGGGAUCUAACGUCAUUGAUCUCGCAAUUGAAGUAGUUAAAAGAAUGGGUGGACAAGUUGAGAAGGUCGUUCUGCAGAGGCGUUUCAAGUACUUUCCUCAUGUAGGCAGCGAAGAUAUGAAGGACGGAUUUUAUGAGAGAGUAGAAUCUGAACUUCAGGGUCACCGAAACACAUAUUACGUAGGAGGUCUUUUCGCUUUCGAGCUUACAGAAAGAAAUUCAUCUUAUGCCAUGGCUCUAAUCUGCAAGCACUUUGCCAGUGCAAAUUCCCUCCCAACAUUUCCUUAUGUGAAGAGUUUGUUCACGUUGCAACUGGACCAAGAAGCGACCAGACUUAAAACAUUGAGUGAAGCAUGUGGAGUCGAUUUCCCCAACCUCCCCACACUUGAUAGCUAUUUAAAGCACUGGGCUGCUCAAGAAAUUACUCAAAACAAGUCUCUCUAUACUUGGAUCAAUGAAGAAGGGGCAGUGGUGUGCCAGAGGACAUAUGGAGAGCUUGACUCCAAUGCUUCUUGUAUUGCUCAUAAGCUCUUGACAAGCCGGAAACCUACUAUCAAGCCAGGUGACAGGGUUUUACUUGUCCAUGUUCCAGGUCUGGACUUCGUUGAUGCUUUUUUUGGUUGUUUAAGAGCCAGCGUCAUACCCGUUCCAGUACUUCCACCUGAUCCAUUGCAAAGAGGUGGACAGGCUCUUAUGAAGAUUGAGAACAUUGCUAAGUCGUGCAAUGCAGUGGCCAUUCUGUCAACCGUUGGCUAUCAUGCUGCAGUUAGGGCAGGGUCAGUAAAGAAUCUGAUCUCUUUCACCACAAAAACUGCGAAAAGCACAGCUCAGUGGCCUAAUCUUCCAUGGCUGCACACAGAUUCUUGGAUCAAAAGCUCUAAGGUCUUGCCUGCUCUAAACGUUGCCAUUCAAUCAGAAUCUCACCCGGAUGAUCUGUGCUUUUUGCAAUUUACAUCGGGUUCAACUGGUGAUGCUAAGGGUGUUAUGAUAACACAUGGUGGACUCAUUCAUAACGUCAAAUUGAUGCGGAGGAGAUACCAAAGCACUUCAAACACUGUGCUGGUAAGUUGGCUUCCUCAGUAUCAUGACAUGGGUUUGAUUGGAGGACUUUUUACAGCAAUGGUUUGUGGCGGAUCAGCAAUCCUUUUUUCUCCAUUGACGUUUAUCAAGAAUCCGCUCCUGUGGCUUCAAACGAUCAGUGAUUACAAGGGCACACACAGUGCAGGACCCAAUUUUGCCUUUGAGCUAGUAAUUCGAAGAUUAGAAGCAGACAAGGCCAAGGUGCUCGAUUAUGAUCUCUCUUCCAUGAUUUUUUUCAUGGUAGCUGCUGAACCAGUGAGGCAGAAAACGCUCAAAAGAUUUAUUGAGCUCACUCGUCCCUUUGGCCUUUCUCAGGAGGUGAUGGCUCCAGGCUACGGCUUGGCAGAAAAUUGUGUCUUUGUCAGCUGUGCAUAUGGCAAAAAGAAGCCUAUCUUGGUAGAUUGGCAGGGAAGAAUUUGCUGUGGAUACGUGGAUCCCGAUGAUGUAGAUGUUGAUAUAAGAAUUGUUGAUGCAGAUUUAGAGGUUGAUGAAGAUGGGAAGGAAGGAGAGAUAUGGAUUAGUAGUCCGAGUGCUGGAAUUGGGUACUGGGGCAAGGAAGAACUUAGCCAGAAAACUUUCAGAAACAAGCUUCAGAAGUACCCUGGAAGAAAGUACACAAGAACUGGAGACUUGGGACGGGUAAUCCAGGGUAACUUGUUCAUCACAGGAAGAAUCAAGGAUCUCAUUAUUGUAGCUGGGAGAAACAUUUACUCGGCAGAUGUUGAGAAGACGGUUGAGAGCUCAUCUGAGCUUCUACGCCCUGGUUGCUGUGCCGUCAUCGGUGUUCCUGAAGAUGUCCUAUCAGCAAAAGGCAUUUCACUUUCGGAUGCUUCUGACCAGGUUGGCUUGGUUGUGAUUGCAGAGUUAAAAGACGGUAAACCUGUCGAGAAGGACAUCAUAAAGCAAAUUGAAUCCCGUGUGGUGGAAGAACAUGGGGUAACUGUCGCCUCUGUCAAGUUGAUUAGGCCUAGAACCAUAAGCAAGACAACCUCAGGGAAGAUCAAGAGGUUCGAAUGCCUCAAGCAGUUUAUUGAUGGAACUCUCAACAUAGUUCCAGAUCCAAUUGUGACAAAGAGAUCACUGACCAGAUCUUUUACCACUGGGACGUGUAGGGAGGGAAACACUCCUCGAUCUCACCUUGCUAAAAGUUCUCUACCACCAAGCCCAAAAUUAAGCAGUAGAGAUAUUGUGGAGUUUCUGAAGCAGCUAGUCAGUGAACAGACAGGAAUCGCAAUCAAGAACAUUUCAGCCACGGAAAGCCUUGUGUCCUAUGGCAUUGAUUCGAUAGGCGUGGUCAGAGCUGCUCAAAAGCUUUCGGAUUUUCUUGGAGUCCCAGUUGGAGCCGUAGACAUAUUCACUGCAACCUGCAUAGCAGACUUGGCAAACUUUGCCGAGAAUUUGUUAAGGAAGUCUCAACCCCAUCUAGUCACCACCCAAUCCAACCAUCCAGAGCCAGAAAUCCUCACUGCUGACUUCUCUAAGGAAAUUUCCAGACUUCACCGCUGGCGUAUCUGGUCCUACCAACUUCUUGCUCUUCUCUAUGUCUCUUUCAUUCUGGUUUUCCCUGCUUAUUUAUCAGUUUCCACUUUUCAAAAUUUGGUUUCGGCCAGCCAAACAAUGAUUCAUGGACUUCCCUGGUUGCAUCAUACAAGUGUCGUGCUUCUUGCACCUCUUUCCUGGAUCCUCUGUAUUGCCUUGACCAGCAUAUCCAUUGCCUUGUUCGGUAAUUCUUUCCUACGCAUAAAUUACGCCUUGACUCCUGAAGUAUCUGUCUGGUCUGUGGAUUUUGUCAAGUGGUGGGCACUUUACAAGGCUCAGGAGGUUUCCUCCAAAGUCCUCGCGGUGCAUCUCAGAGGAACGGUGUUCCUUAAACACUGGUUUGAGAUGCUUGGAGCAAGGAUCGGAUCGUCAGUUUUACUAGACACAGUUGACAUAACAGACCCUUCUCUGGUUUCAAUCGGAGAUGGAGCAGUGAUUGCAGAAGGUGCUUUGCUUCAAAGUCACGAAGUGCGGAACAGUGUCUUGAGAUUCCAGCCAAUAAGGAUUGGCAGGAAUUGCUCAGUUGGCCCUUAUGCUGUUGUCCAGAAAGGAAGUGUUUUAGGAGAAGGAGCUGAAGUACCGGCCUUGCAGAAAAGUGAAGGUGGGAAGUCUGCCCUUAAGAUGGCCGAGGCAGAAAACAUACUGAAGGUUUCCCCUGGAACUCUGAAAGAGACCAUACAACAGUUCAUGGGCAUCUACAUGGUUGGUUUCCUCAGCUCGUUGUCCGCCGCUGCCGUUUACUUGCUCUACAUGAGGCUAUCUCAGAAAGUUCCUUCCCUUGAACAGUUGGCUUUUCUUUGCAUUUCGGGAGCCUUACACUGGGUUCCGUUCACUAUCAUGGCAUACGCCACCAUGUUUACGAACGCCCCGCCUAAUCCAUUCGAGUUUGCCAUUUCUUUGGCAAUCGCAUACUUUGCUCACGGCCUGGUCCUUAGUUUAUUGACAUCCAUCUUUACCCAUUUGCUUGCUGGUAAAGACAAGAAGCAGACUCAAAUCAAAACCUGGUUUGGCCACCGACUUGCCAUUGCUUGCCACCUCCGUUUUGCAAAGCUUCUUUCUGGAACAGAAGCCUUCUGCGUGUACUUGCGCUUGUUAGGUGUAAAAGUAGGCAGGUAUUGUUCCAUCAGAUCCAUCAACCCAAUUGCGGAUCCAAGGAUGGUCUCAAUAGGUGCCGGUGUCCAUUUAGGUGAUUUUAGCAAGAUCAUCACAGGUUUCUAUUCCCGGAGUGGAUACAUCCAGAGUAAUGUUGAUGUAAAAGAUAAUUCAGUUACUGGGAGCCAAAGCCUUAUACUUCCCGGCUCUGUAGUCGAAAAGGAUGUUAUUCUCGGGGCAAUUUCAGUUGCUCCAGUGAAUUCAGUUCUCCAAAGCGGUGGUGUUUACAUGGGGUCUCAAAAUCCAGUUAUGGUAAAAAACACAAUACACGCUUUGGAUGACAGGAUAGAGGAGAUGGAUCAGAGAUACAAAAAGAUAGUUGGCAAUUUGGCUGCAAACUUGGCAGCGACGACUCUGAAGGUGAAAUCGAGAUACUUCCAUCGUAUUGGUGUUAGCGGGAAGGGAUACUUGAAACUCUACGAUGACAUUCAAGGAUUGCCAGAGCACAAUAUAUUUGGCCCUGGAAAGAAGUAUACAGUCAUUGUCCGCCACAGCAAUAGCUUGAGUGCUGAUGAUGAUGCAAGGUUAGAUGCGCGAGGAGCGGCACUAAGGAUACUCUCGGAUGAAAAGGGGGAUGAUUCUCCACUUCUCGACUUGACAUUGAAGACAGGGAAGGCAUUCUAUGCCCGCACAAUCUCCGAUUUCGCAACCUGGCUGGUGUGCGGGCUUGCCGCAAGGGAGGAGCACGUUAAGCGGGCGCCGCACGUGCGGGAUGCAGUGUGGACCUCCCUCCGUCAAGCUGACUCCUAUGUGGAUAUGCAUUACUACUCGAACAUCUGUAGGCUCUUCCGCUUUAAGGAUGGACAAGAAAUGUAUGUGAAGUUCAAGUUGAGGCCCUCUGAUGACAACGUUGGGGAAGAUGCUGGUAAGGUGGAGCCCUUGGGGAUCCUUCCGCCUGAAACUGGUGCGAUACCGAGAGAUGCUAAUGACACCCGCCCAUUACUUUUCCUAGCUGAAGAUUUCCAGAACCGUGUGAACUCUCCGAAUGGGGUCCGUUACAUAUUCCAGCUUCAAGUCAGGCCAAUUCCACAAGACGAAGCUGCAUGCGACAUUGCUCUCGAUUGCACGAAACCUUGGGACGAAUCGGAGUUUCCCUACAUUGAUGUUGGGGAGGUCAUUAUCAAUGAAAAUCUGACAAAAGAAGGCUCAGAAAGGCUAGAAUUUAAUCCAUUCCUCCGAUGCCACGAGGUGGAUGUAAUCCGGGCGACUUCAAGCAGUCAGAGCGCAUCGAUCGAUCACGGGCGUUCACUAAUCUAUGAGAUCUGCCAGCACCUGAGGAAUGGAGAUCCUCUUCCCGAGGCAUGGAGGGUCUUCCUGGAGCAGUCGGACGUGAAGGUCAACCUCUCCGGGUGUCCAAUGGCCGCUUCACUCGAGAGAAAAGACGCCGAGAAAGUGACCCUUUCGAGGCCCUGGUACUUAACCACUUGGGCUGUUUUCGCUCAGCCGCUGCUGCAAACAAUACUGCCCUACUUUCUCCUCGGACUAAUCAUCUACUUCCCCCUGAACUUGCUCCUCCACUGCAAGAACACCAGGAAUAUGCCCGUCCACUGGACGUUCCCCUUCUUCUGGGUGUCAACCGGGAUUUUAGCCGCAUUGGCCUGCGUGGCGGCGAAGUACAUCCUGGUGGGAAAGAAGAGAGAGGACGAAACGGUGCAUAUAUGGAGCAGAGGGGUGUUCAUGGAUACCAUAUGGCAGGCCAUCAGGACCGUGGUCGGGGACUACUUCGUGGAGAUGACGACCGGGUCGGCGUUGUUCCUGAUGUGGAUGAAGCUGAUGGGGUCGCACAUCGAGCUGGACAACGGGACUUACGUGGACUCCAUGGGAGCGGUGCUGAACCCCGAGAUGGUGGAGGUCGAGGGAGGCGGGAGCGUGGAGAGGGAGGCUCUGCUGUUCGGGCACGUGUACGACGGGGAAGGCGGGGCGGUGAAGUUCGGCAAGAUCGUGGUCGGGGAGGGCGGGUUCGUCGGGAGCAGGGCGGUGGCCAUGCCUGGAGUGGCGGUGGAGAGCGGAGGGAGCUUGAGCGCACUCUCGCUCGCCAUGAAGGGAGAGGUCAUCAGAUCAAGAUGAUGAUGAUGAUGAUGAAUCAAAGAGGAUUUUGCCCGUUGUUACCAUAUAAAAAGAGACACAAAAGUAGUUCGGAUACAUAGAAAGCGGACAGUCCCUGAACGCUGUCCCACAGCAGUCUCGUGUAAUAAUAAUCUCUGGCGAUCUUCGCCGAAUAAACACGAGAACAUAAGAACAUGCUAAUCAUGGUAUUAACAUAA